UGCAAUGAUAUUCAUGUUAAAAAGAAACAGAAGUAAACAGCGAUAAGGUGAACACAGAACGGAUUUGUUUUGUACACAUCAUUAACAUAGUUGGGUUUUACGUCAAACAUGACGGACAAAGCGCGUGAAAAUUUCUACAGAAAUGCUACGGUGAUUGUUGAUCACGGAAAGGAGGCCAUGGCUGCCGUUUUGGAUGAUGACUUGUCUAAAACAAAUUUAACAUUUGUGGAUUUUAUCAAUCAAAAUCAACAUGAAAUUUACCAUUUAUGUUAUAACAGAUUCCCAUGUUGUCAAUGUAUAAAUAAUAGAUUACCACAAGGUACUCCAAAUUCAAGAAUCCUUCAUGAAAAUCAACUGGAUGUAUUACUUGACAAAAGUGGGCCAAGACUCUCCAAUCACAAUCCUCGUACGAGUUCAACAUUUUGUUGUUGUUUAGCCAAACCCAACCUGUCGUCUUCUUGUCUUGAUAUAACUCUUACCAGAUGCUUGUUAAUCAACUUUGCUGUUAAUUGCCGAACGACUCCCUAUUUAAAACAAGCUAUAGACAAUCUCAUAGAAUACAGAAAUAAGAUGUAUGGUCAUGCCAAAAAAGCAAGGAUAACUGAAGCAGACUACCAAAAGUACAAAACAGAUCUUGAAAAUAUACUUUUAACCAUUGCACGAUUCUGUAACAUUGAAGAUAGAAUGAAACAGAAUCUUUCGGAUUCUGAACAAAGACCUCUUGAUUCCACAAUACUGCUACAGUAUCAAAAUUUUCUUUUGCAAGAAUUAAAACAGCAAAGCGACACUGAAAAGAAACUUGAGGAGAUACAACAACAGAUAACAAAAAAUAACAGCAUAGUACAAAGUGAACUGACAGAAAUUGAUGAUAAAAUCACUCAAUUAGAUAACAGAAAACAGAAUAUAAUAGACCAAACCAAGGCUUGCAUUGCGCAACACGAAGAAGAUGAAACAUAUUUUCCAACAUUGGGUGUUCAGAUUGCUUGUGAAGUGAUGGAGAAGAAUAACAUCGUAACCAUCAUGUCAAAACAAGGCGGCGGGAAAUCCAAGACAAGUCUCCAAAUAGCUUUUAUUUACAAGGGAAAACAUUUUUAUCAGCCUAUGCUUUUCUUUUGCGAUGAUAUUUUAAGAUAUAGAGACCUUUUAAACUUAAAUGAACCGUCCUUAUUCAUACUAGAAGAUUUAUUUGGCAAAACAACUUUAUUUUUUAAUGAGGAUAUCCACAGAGGUAUUUUUGAUAUUUUGUACAGUUGUAUCACUCACCCGUCUUGUAAAUCAAGAUUUAUCAUAACUAUGAAAGGCAAUCAGCAAACAAACAGAAAAUAUUAGAAAAACACAAGUUGUUUGAAAAAGAAGUUAUUGUGGACUUAGAAUUAAAUCAAAAUUAUCUAAAUAGGCAUCUUAAUCAAGCGAUAUUGUUAUAUGUCAAAACACAAUAUAAAGUCAUGCGGAACAUUUCAUGAACGAUUUACACAAUGUAUCUCGGAGAUCAUAGAAAAUAGUGAUACAUCCUUGCAGAUAUGCAGUGUAUCAGUAGAAGCAAUUUACACCAGCAGUUUUAAUUCCGAAACAGGUUUCCCACUAGCUUGUCACUUUUUUUGCAGUAAUAAAAACUUAACCAAACAAGGUUUUCGAUAUUUUUCGCGUGCGACUCAAGCAUUAGUUGAGGAAAUCAAUCAGUUGAGAAUCAAGGGCUUUGACAACAAUCUUUACAUGUAUAAAUAUUCACUACUAGUGUAUACCGCCUUAAAAGAUAAACUGAAUGUAGAUAAUAUUGAUGAAGAACUUUUAAAGGCGAUCUUGGGUAAUUUUGAAAAGCAAACUGCUAUUAAGACAGUCUUGAUAAAAGAAGCAUUUUCACACCUCAAGGAAACAUAUAUGAUUGAACAGCCAUAUCCGAUUUUACAUCUGAAUGGGAAACGUUCGAAGUUGUCGGAUACUUAUAUGCUACAGCACUCUACUGUAAAGGAAGCUAUAUUAAUAUCGUAUGCCGAUGAUGUAGGUGUUUCUCACUGUGAUGCAAAAUUUAUAUACGAUUAUGUCCGGCCUAAGGGUUUUAGAGAUCAAAUUAGUGAAGACAUGACAUUCAUUUUUACGGAUUGUAAACCACUUGUGCUUAAACUACAUUCUAUAGCUUCUGGGCAUCGUGCAUGCUUUUCCAUCGGUCAAUAUUUAAAAAUGACUGGUUUAAAGAAUAGAAACGAUACAAGGAUUAAAUAUUUCUUUGAAGAAGCUAAAGGAAAAAUCAAAAUAAAGCAGUACGCAUUUAUUUUAGACGGGCUUACAGACUUUGGAACUGAGAACGACUUCAUUCUAUUUCAUCCUGAUAUAAGUAAACGCAUAGUUUUGUAUGGAAGCGCUGAUAUUGUAUGCUCUUUCUGUAAACCAAUGGAAUGUCCAUUAAUUAACAAUGGUUUUGUAAAGGUCAAAGGUAAUGUAUUAUACACAAGAUUGCUUUCCAUUCUUAUUGGAGAAACAUUUCAUGAAUACGAGACUGGUUCCGAAAAUGAAGAGCUAAACUAUAUAAAAGAAGGUGUAGAAUUUAAUCAUUGCAUGGUGUAUGAUAACAGUAAUAUACAUUAUGACCAUGUUCAGAAAAUUGGAAAUUAUGUGUAUAAAUUGCUUUUCAUAGAUGGUGGGAAGAAGGUUGCUGAAAUGAUUUUGUUUAAUUUGGUUGUAAAGCAAUGCCUCAUAAACCCUCUUAUAGUGAAACAUUUUUUAAACGGUCUCACGGAUAGUGGAAGGCGCUUGGACUUUGUUAUAUAUUACCAAGCCUUUUCGAAAAUAAUGAUAUUUCUAUUUGCUAGCAUUCCAGUAGUCUUGAAUCUUUGCCGACCUUGUACUCAUCCUGAAGAAAGUCCUCUUUUCAUUAAAAUAGACGACACAUUGAUGGCUAGGAAGUUAGCUGCACAACUCGAACCAACUUUUUAUGACAGAUACGCAAAAAGACAUCGUCGUGCGUUUGGAGAGAUGAUGAUUCCAGAUGAAAGUUUUACGAACAGUGGUGCGUAUGUUGUUUACUAGGAUAAAAGUUACUAUACAAAGGAGUAUAUAAAUGAUAUAGCAGAAUAUGUAUUCAAAUAUGGUGUACAGACAAAAAACCUAACCUUUCUUAAGACAAUAUUUGAUAGAUUUGUAAUUUAUGAAACCAGGGUUAUAAGCUUAAAUUCCCCACUCGAAGAUAGUGAAGAAGGAGACUAUAGAACAGAUGCUGAUGAUUAUGAUGAUGACGAUGAUGAUUGGGAACGUUACUGUGAGGUUGAGGAAGUUCCAUCCGACAUUUUAGGACAUGUGUGCACAAUUAUGGAAGGAAAUGAAAGUAUUGACAGCAGCAAUACGUCAAUCAAUGUAGACAACCUGAAUAUCAUUGAAAAAAAAAAUCCAAUUUGGACGAUGCAAAUAUAUUGACGAAAGAAGAAGAACUCAGUACAAAAGAAAGAAAUCAUGGUAACCACAAAGUAAACCAUUGUAUUAGUGAAGUCGAAAUGGUUAACGAUAUUUCUGCUGAACAAGGAUGUUCUACCUGGAAAACAGAAAAUCCAUGGAAACAUAAAAUUAAUGAAAGAAAAAAUACAGAGUAUGCUAUUUUUUACAAACCUUCAGAUGUUUACGCUGAUUGUUUUCUUCGAAAAACAUAUAAACGUCUUUUUUUAUUUCUGAAUGAAAUUACAAACUUAUGGACGAAUGAGAAGACCCGCUCUCAAAAGCAUUCUUUUACAUAUCAAGGAAUGCAAAGUAAUUUUAUGCGCCUAAAAGAUAUGCUUUUAAAAGUUUACUAUGUUGAUGAUGAAGUUUACCUUAUGACGAGUUCUGACUCCGAAUGAUUAGAAACAAAAUUUCCACGAGGACGAAAUUAUACAUGUAAUGACUUUCGUGUAGUUUACCAUAUUCAACAAUCAUAAUGGGAUACUAAAUGACUAAAUAGAUGAGUAUGACUCAAUAAGUUAAAAGUUUAGGAUUGAUAUAAAAUAUUUACAAUUGUGAUCAGAAAUAUGAAACAUAAAAAUACUAGAACUUUUAAUCCGCGGCUUUCUGAAUACUGAAAUAGUUACGAAAUUGUGAUUCGGACAUGUCCACAAAAUCUACAAUAUCUGAAAGACUAUUUGUGCAAAGUCACUUCACACAAGAUCCAGCCAUUUAAACUCUGUUCCAAAAAUCAAAAGGAUAUAUUCCUCAUUAAUGCAAUCAAUUUCUGGAAUACGCUUCCUGGUUCAUUAAAGUCAUUAAAAAGACCAUAGCGUUUUCAACGAGACUUAAAUUAUAUGUUAAAAAUUGUUGAAGUGUGAAUAUCGAAAUAACAUCUAAAAGAAAAG